GGGGCCGGGCCGGGCUGAGGGCUGCGCGCUGCUGCUGCUGAGGAGUCCGCCCGUCCGCCCUCCGGUCCUCCCGCCCGUCCCCGCGCGCCCGUCCCCGCGCCCGCCCGCCCGCGUCGCUGCCGCCGGCCGGAGCCAUGGGCCCCCCGGCCCCGCCGCUCCUGCUCCUGCUCCUGCCGGUCCUGGCGCCGGGGGCCGCCCCCGCCGUCCACCCGGCCUUCUUGAGGGUCCUCGGCAGCCUCCUCGCACCACCACCCCAACCCACACCCCGCCCCACGGGCGCUCAGGGCUACUCGGUUCGUUACUUCCAUCAGAAGGUUAAUCAUUUUGGAUUUAGUGACGCAAAAACCUUUAAACAGCGGUACCUAAUAGCUGAUAGAUACUGGAAGAAAGAUGGUGGAUCAAUACUUUUCUACACUGGUAAUGAAGGGGACAUUGUCUGGUUUAGCAAUAAUACGGGGUUCAUGUGGGAUGUGGCUGCGGAGCUGAAGGCCAUGUUGGUGUUUGCUGAGCAUCGGUACUAUGGAGAGUCCCUGCCCUUUGGUGAGGAGUCCUUCAAGGAUUCUAAGCACAUGAAUUUCCUGACAUCAGAGCAAGCCCUGGUUGAUUUUGUAGAGUUAAUCAAGCACUUGAAAAAAACAAUUCCUGGAGCCCAAAACCAACCUGUCAUCGCCAUAGGGGGCUCUUACGGCGGCAUGCUCGCGGCCUGGCUGAGGAUGAAGUACCCGCAUGUAGUCGUUGGAGCUCUUGCAGCUUCUGCCCCUAUCUGGCAGUUUGAGGAUUUGGUUCCUUGUGGUAUGUUUAUGAAGAUUGUGACCGCAGACUUUAAGAAAAGUGGCCCAAAUUGUUCCCAGGCCAUCCGGAAAUCCUGGGAAGCCAUUAAUCGACUUGCAGGUUCAGGCAGUGGACUUCUGUGGCUCUCCGAGACUUUUCACCUGUGUAGCCCCCUAACGUCUGACGAUAUCGCCCGCUUGAAAGAGUGGAUCUCUGAAACCUGGGUGAAUCUGGCGAUGGUGAACUACCCUUACGAGUGUAACUUUUUGCAGCCUUUGCCUGCCUGGCCUAUCAAGAAGCUGCAACAUUCAUGCAGAAAUAAUCAUGGACUUGGCCUGGUAGUGUGCCAGUAUUUCAAAGAUACUAAUACAUCUGAAUCACAGUUGGUGGAGAAUGUUUUCCAAGCUCUUAAUGUAUAUUAUAAUUAUUCAGGCCAAACAAAAUGCUUGAAUAUGUCAGAAACAACAACCAGAAAUCUGGGGUCCGUGGGUUGGGGCUAUCAGGCCUGUACAGAAAUGGUCAUGCCCUUUUGUACUAAUGGUAUCGAUGACAUGUUUGAACCUGAGUCAUGGGACUUUAAGAAGUUUUCAAACGAAUGCUAUAAGCAGUGGGGCGUGAGGCCGCGGCCCUCCUGGAUCAAUACCAUCUAUGGAGGCAGAAACAUUAGCGCGCACUCCAACAUCAUCUUCAGCAACGGCGACCUCGACCCCUGGUACGGAGGCGGAGUCACCCGGAACGUGUCGGACACGCUGGUGGCCGUCUUCAUCCGCGACGCCGCCCACCACCUGGACCUCCGCGCCGCCCACGCCCAGGACACCCGCGAGGUGCGGGCCGCCCGCCGCCAGGAAGUGGGGUACAUGAAGCAGUGGAUCCGGGAGUUCCGCCGGGCCGCGGCGCCCCGGGGAGAGCGCUGAGCGGCCAGCCCCGCCCCC